AUUCAUCAGCGUAACAUCCGCUGGUGAUCAGACUGGCUAGUACAUGCAUUUAAUUUUAGUUUACUUGAAGAUCACAUGUUCUCAUCAUGGUGUGUGUGUUAGAUGUCAUAGCUCCUCUUCCUCUGAUCUGUCUGCUCAUGAUUCCAGGGUUUUUUUGUGCUGCUUAUUAUGACUAUGAUUAUUAUUAUGAUUAUAUUGGUUGGAGUGUGAGCUACAGCCGUUCAUACAUCUGUGCACUAAAGGGCUCAACAGUGAUAAUGCCCUGCACUUAUACAUACCCUCCUGGAUAUCAGAUCAUGAAAGUAUUCUGGACUAAAACUGAUUUUAAAGAAAAACAUGAAGAGUUUCCGGAUCUGUCUGAGGACCCUGAAUAUAGCCAAAGGAUUCAUUAUCUGGGAGAUAAACAGAAGAACUGCACCCUCAGACUGAGUGAUGUGCGACAGAAGGAUUCACACAUGUACUAUUUCAGAUUCAUAACUGAUAAUUAUGGAAAAUCUUUUGGUUAUAAUGGAGUGACGCUUGAUAUCACAGAUCUUCAGGUUGAGUCUCCUGAGAGCGUGACAGAGGGAGAUCAAGCCAGUCUGACAUGUAAAAGCACCUGUGAUCUGACUGACAGAGUAACAUUCAUCUGGUUGAAAAACACACAGAUAUUAACUGAGAGAAACAAUAAACUGCUCCUGCAGUCAGUCAGAAGAGAGGAUGCAGGCAGGUAUAGCUGUGCUGUACACGGACACAAACUCACAUCACCUGAUGUUUAUCUCAAUGUCAGAUAUCCUCCAAAGAAGACUUCUGUAGAGGUGAGUCCAUCUGGUAAAAUAAUGGAGGGUUAUUCAGUGACUCUGACCUGCAAAAGUGAUGCAAACCCACCUGCUCAAGAGUACAGCUGGUUCAAAGGAGGAAUGUUGGUAGGAUCUGGAAAAUUCUACAGCAUUACAAAGGUCCGCUCUGAUCACAGUGAACAAUACAUGUGCAGGUCCAGAAAUGAACUUGGAGAGAAAUACUCUACUGCUGUCACUUUAAAUGUUUUGUGCUCACCCAGGAAUGUUUCAGUGUCCAUCAGUCCAUCUGGUGAAAUAGUGGAGGGUGAUUCAGUGACUCUGACCUGCAAAAGUGAUGCAAACCCACCUGUUGUGAACUACACCUGGUUUAAGGAGAAUGAAAGCUCAGCUGUUGGAUCUGGACAGAGUUACAGUGCACUACAGAGUGGAUUCUUCUACUGUGUGGCUCACAAUCAAUAUGGAUCUCAGAGAUCAGCUGUUGUAUUGGUGACAGUCCAUCAUAGUUCUGUUUGGCAUGUGGUGUUAGGGAUCACAGUUGGAUGUGGAGGAUUAAUUAUCAUCAUCAUCAUUCUGCUUAUAUUUCAAAGAAAAAGGGUAAAAAGAAAACCAACUAAACAUGAGUAUGAGAAUUCAGAUCCCAGUGAUGUCACAUAUAUAGCUCUUGACCCCAAGACCAGGUCCUCUGAUAUGUACAACAUACUCACAACUGUUCAUCCCAGACCUACUCAAGAGACAAACAGAGCUCUUGCUCCUCAGCCAAACAUUCAUGAAUAUGAGAAUCUGUCAGUCCAACACUGGCAGAACCUCAGGUCUUCUUGAACCCUCCUAUUGUGUUUGGGGAAAAUUUGACCCACACUUGAUUUUUAAACUCCCCACAUAUCUUUAUGUUCAAAGUUAGCUGCACAGACACAAAAUUAAAAAUUGUGUGGUAUUUAUUUAUUUUUUUAUUUUUAUUUUUAUGUCUGGCUCUCACUGCCCUGUAAUGGUAAAAGGGACUUUCUCUCAAUUUUCAGUGCUGCAACAGACUUAGUAGAGAUAAUGACCACUAGUACCAGAUAGUAGAAUGAGCUACAAAUGACUAACAAACAAAGACGUCCUUUCACAUAUUUUUGGCAUCACAUCACAGUGCUGUAAAUACAUUGGGCACACUUAUGUUUUAAUAAUUUUGUACAAAGUUAUUGUGAUAAACAGGAUGAAAUAUUGUCUACAGUUACUGGGUAAAUGAGAUUACCUUUACCAUAAAAAAAGGGAAAUGAAAAUGGAUUUCAUUAUGAGCAAUAUCAAAAUGUUACACAGUUUUACAGUUUGUGAAAAUGAAAAUAUGAAAGUUUGUAAAUGUUUAGAAAUUUAUAAACUGUUAAAUUUAGUUGAUUGUCAAAGUUUGUCAAAUGUUCAAUGAAAUUAAAUGUUUAAAAAAUAAAUAUUUGUUAUGCUAUACAGUCAGUUUGUGAAAAUGACAUUUUCAAUGAAAUUCUCAAAUGUUUUUAAAAAUGUAAAACAGUUGAAAUUACACAAGUUCUCAUACAUUUUAUAUUGUUUAGUCUUUGACAAGAUACAAUAAAUGUUUUCUGUGUGUUGAUUUUUGGCAGAUUGCAUGGAAACCAAUGUGGAUCAAUUUGACCCUUAACACAUAGGACCUAUUUUAUUUUUUUAUUUUUAUUUUUUUUACACAAUGGGAGAGUUAAAAUAAUCAAUAAAGAAACUGAUCUCACUACUGGUCAACAGAUAUUAAAGACAUAGUUCACACCA